UCUCUUGCGCAGUAAAAAUUUUAGUUUUUUAGCUAAAACAAAAAAUUCUUUUUGCGCAAAUAAACACAAAAUAUUUAGAGAAAGAAAGCGAAUUUUAUCCAAGCAAGGACUACAUAAGAGAAUUACUUUAUAGAUUAGAAAACCGCGGAACAGCGCGCAAGCAUACAUUGGGGGAAGGUAAAGUUUUUAAAGUCGAGAGAGGGAACACAUUCUUGUAAAAUGAAAAAAAGAGGCCAUUUACUUUCCAGGGUUAUUUUCUUGGAUUGACAAGGCCGUUGAAAAGCUGUCGAACGGCUGGCAGCUUUGUGAAAAUAUUUAUGUAGAUAUAACUAGCUGCUCUCUUGUAUGUGUAGACUUUUCUAUAUAUUAUUAGUAGUAGGCAAAUUCCAUGAAUGAACACGUAUUUCUAUAAUGUGAAAAAAAUUCUUUGCCUCAGUGCUUAACCAACACUUGUGUGUUUGUUGAGAGACACAAAAAUGUGUGUAAAAAAUAUAUUUAAAGUUAUGGCUUCAAUAAUUUUGUUAUCUUAAAAGAAACGUCAAUUUGGCACAUGAACUUUUUUUGUUGGCCAUAACUCAUGAGCAUAUGUAUGAAGUACAAAUUUUUUCAUUUAAAUGUAUUAUUUAUGAUAUUUAUUUGUAAAAUUAAAAGUACUUAUGCUUAAUAGCUUCAUUAUAUUUUUUAUUUUUUUUGUUAGAUUAUACUUUAAUUUUUAAAAGAAAUAUUAACUACAAACUUUACUUGAAAAUUUAAUAAUUAAUUAAUUAUUUAAUUAAUUAUUAAUCAAUUCUUUUAAUUCUUGUUUUUGCGCAAUCUUUAGCUCUUCUACUCCUUUUUUUAUUUCGAUUAGACAAUCACUUCAAUUUUUAUUUUUUUCUUUAUUUCCAAUCAUUUCAUGACUAAACACAAUAUUAAUGCAUUAAAUGACUCACAAGAAUUUUUUUAAAAAUAUAUUUUUAAAGCAUUUUCUUUUUAGAAUUUUUAUUUUAUUUGCCAUUUUAUAAAUAUUUUCUUAUCUAAAAAAUUAUAGUUUAUUUGUUCUUUAAAAAUAAUUUUAUUUUUAUUUUUAAAUAACACAUUAUCUACAUAUUUUUUAAAAUUAUUUUUUAGUACCCAAAAAUUUAAUUAGAAAUGGGUGGUAUUCCUCAUUUAUUCAAUACCUUUAUUUUAUUUCUCUUAACAAUUUCUUCUCUUUGUUUUGGACGACAUAAACAUUUUCAUUCUCGAGUACCAAUAAUUGACUUAAAUGGAGCUGAAGAAUUAAUUGGAACAAUUCGAGAAGAUGAACAUUUAGUUAAUGUUUCCCCUCAAUUACGAAUAUUACAUGGAACUGGCCCAAUAUGUCGUUAUGAAUUAAAUUGGGCUGAUGAUUCUUUAACUGAGCCAAUUCCUUUUGAAGUUAAAAUACUUGAUGCAUCAGAAGGUUUAGCACAAAUUCGUCGUUUAAAUAUUCCUUCUUCCUCCUUUACUCCACUUGAUUGUGCUCAUCGUUCAGAUUAUUUGUUGAGGCUAGAAGCUGUCAAAUGUGGAGAUGAACCUCCAGCAAAGAGUGAAAUAACUAAAUUGAAAAUUAUUGUACAAGAUGUUAAUGACCAUUCCCCUGAAUUUGAUGCUCCUUGGUAUUCCUUCGAUGUAGAUGAAGGAAGGGAAGCACCUUUUGAGAUUGCUCGAUUAUUGGCUACUGAUUUAGAUUGUGGACAUCCUUAUGGAAAGAUUUGUCGUUAUGAACUAACAAAUACACUUUCGGACAAUCCAUUUCAUAUAGACGAUAGAGGAGUUCUUUCAGCUAUUCGUCCAUUAAAUCGUUCACAAGCACAAUCACAUAUUUUGACUGUUAUAGCUGAAGAUUGUGGAAUGCGACGUUCUAAAUCAGUACUUGUAACAGUCAAUAUUCGCCCAAAAUGUGUUGAUUCUAUUAAUUCUGUAACAGCAAAAAUUCCAAUUAAUUUUAUUCAAGGGGAUAAUCCAAAAUAUUUACUUCCAGAUGCUGAAAUAAAUAUUUGUGAUAAUUUAAACGAAAAAUGUCAGAUAGAAACUGAAUUAAAGAUUUUAUCAGAACAUCCAAAUUCUUUAAAUAAAGAAUUGUUUAAUGAAUGUGGAAUGGAUGAGGGACUAAUUGAAUUAUUGUCUGAAGAGAGUAAUUGGCCUGUUUUUAAAAAUAAAACAAAAAAAGAGGAAUCUUCAGAGGAAGAAGAUAAUGAGGAUGAGGAGGAGGAGGAUUUAAAUGAUAUUAAUGGAAAAGUAAAUGAAGACAAAAAUACUCUUUUUGAUGGAAAGAGGAGUAUUGAUAUUGUCGAAUCACGAUUACCACAAGCAAUUCCAGAAAGAUUUAGCCUUCUCUUUUCAAUGAAAGCCAAUCCUGGAACAGAAGAACAACAACGUUUAAAACAAAAUAUUCUUUGUGAAUCUGAUGCCAAUGGAUUAAAUAGACACCAUUUUUCUGUUUAUUUACGUCAUUGCAAAUUGGAACUUUUACUUCGUAGAGAACCUGAAGAUGCUAGUGCAGAAUUCCGAGCUGCUGAGUGGCGCUGGAAUGAUGAACGUAUUUGUGACGGGAAUUGGCAUUCUUAUGGACUUUUGUUUAAUGAUUUGGAUAAUGUACAAUUAGUUAUUGAUGGAAAAGUUUUUAAUUCGACACAAAGAAAUCCAGAAAUUCUUGAUGAUUGGCCUUUACAUCAAGUUAAAGAUAAGAAAACUCGUCUCGUUAUUGGCGCCUGCUGGCAUGGCCGUCAAAAACAAAUGGUUCAACACUUUAAUGGACAUCUUGCCUCUAUGCGUAUUUGGAUUAAUCGUGUACAAAGCUUUGAGGCUGUAAAUUGUGUACAUGGGAAACAUGAAGGAUUAUUAAUUAAUGGAAAAAAUAAUAUCCAGUCUUCUUCCCUUCAUUUACAAGCACAAUCACCAACGGAAAUGGAACAUCUUUUACGUUCUGUACAAUUUAAUAUUGACCAAUUAUUUUCUGGAAAUACAAGAAUCUCCCCUUCCACAAAUCCUGGCAAACGAAAAAUUGAAAUUUCUGGAACUUUAAAAUGUCCAAAUGAUUUAAAUAAACCUCUAAUUCCAAUAUAUUCUAUUAUUGAUGUUAGUAAAGGACAAUUUCAUCCACAAUUAAUUAUUACUGGUAAACAUAUAGUUUUUGCUGACAGGCAAACUUUAAGAAAUGGAGCAGCUCUUUUACCUGAUGUUAAAAUUACUGUUACUGAAGGUAAUGUAGACAAAUCUUCCUUCCAUAAAUUAUCUUGGUGUCGAGUACACAUGCGCCCUGCUCGUGAUAUGGAUUUGGAACUAUUUUCCUCUCCAACCCUUCUCUUAGAAAAAUUAGAAUUGCAAUUUGUACAUGAUAAACAAGGAUUUGUUUUGAGAGGGGCUGAACACCCUUCUGCCUAUGCAGAAGUUUUGGAGCAUAUUAGAUAUUUUAAUUUACGUCCAGAAUCGUUCCCACAUCGCUCCUAUACUCUUCAGGCAAAUUUUUUAUUAAUUUUAACAAAAAAUUCUUUUAUUCUUGGGAUGAAAUGUUCUCUACUUGACGACAAAAUUCUUUCAAAUGAGCUCUUUACCACAAUGAGCAUUGACACCACUCCUGUGUCAGUAAAUAAUGGCAAAAAUAAUGAUGAACUUGACGAGGCUGUACAAAAAUUAGUUCAAAUUUCUGACAAAUUAGAUAAAGAUAUUUUGCCUAAAGAGAAGGGAGAAAAUAAUUUAAUUGAAGAAGAAUCUCCUUCUUCUAUUGUUACUCAUCAUUUGGGAGGAGUUCCUAGUUACGACCAACUUGGAGCUAAUCGACUUCAAAAUAUUCUGGAAAUGGAUAUGCCUAGACCUAAGGCAUUGCUUGGACAUCAUAGUUAUGAAGUUGGUCAGGGAGCUGUUGCUGGUGGUGCCGUAGCUGUUGUUGUAGUUGUUUGUGUUGCUGUUCUGCUUGUACUUUUAGUAAUUGGAGUACUUAGAAUGCGAGACCAUCCACUUACAGCAAAACGGCGUCGUUCACGUCGUGAUUCUAUGUUGGAAUGGGAUGACAGUGGAUUAAUGAAUAUUACAGUAAAUCCGUUAGAAGAAAUUGGAGGGAAACAAUUUUCCGCCGAUGGACUUGAAUAUGAGGAGGAUGAUGAAGAAGACGAUGACGAAGAUGAUGAUAGUGGUUCUGAAGAUGGAGGGGAAGGUUAUAGAGGAGUAGAGCAUAGUGAUGAUGAAGGUGGGGAUGAAGAGAAAUUAGUUUUGCCUCAUGCUGAUGAAGGGUCUCGUAAAGGAGUUGGUUUGGAAUGGGAUGACAGUACUUUAGAUGGACCUUCUUCUCCCGGACCUUCAACUAGUCACACAAAAAAGGGUGGAGCACAUCGAGUUUAA